CCUGGAAUAAUCUUCCGUAGGACAUUGUUUCCACUCCAAAUAUCAGUAACUUUUAUGAUUAGAAUGUCAGUAUGACGAUUUUUGAUUAUGAAUUUAAAAGCAAAUUUUAGUAAUUAACUGUGCAAUAUUAAAGUACGUGAUUAUAAAAUUGUUAUUUUUGUAUAUAUUAGACGGGUCCACUACAAUGUCUUUAUCACUAGAUAUAAUAAGGUCGUUAUUUUUCCAUUUUGGUUACCCAUGCACAUGGAAUCCAUAAGGGACAACUAAAUAUAUGCAGAUAUGAGAGACCUAUAUGCGGCUAAUGUGAUCACGUGAUCAGACUUAUCUCUCGUUGGACCUAGAUAACCGGUGUUGGUAAAUACCCCUUAUACAAAUACCCCGGACUUUGGACUAAUAAAGAGUUAUUUCCCUUAGACCGACAACAACGAUUAGACAACAGAUGAAGCUAUUAUUGACGGAGUUCUCUACGCACGGAUCAUCGUUAUUUGUCUGUGUUUGAGGCUCCAAACACAUUGACACGUCAUCUUUGUUUCUGAGAUUCAGCUGAAUUUGAGAAGACAAGAUGGGGGAAACAUUCAUGGAACAAGUUCAAGACUUUUACAACUCGUCCAUGGCGAGGGGAGACAAGAGAGUAGAGAACUGGCUGCUGAUGGGAAACCCGGCGAUCAUUUCGAUCAUAUUCCUUUCCUAUCUCAUCGUCGUCCUUGCUGGCCCCGCCCUGAUGAGGGAUAAACAACCCGUGCCUCUCAAAUGGGUUCUGCUUCCUUACAAUUUUUUCUGCGUUUGUCUCGCAUCUUACAUGUUUUACGAGUUCCUUGUUACUUCGCUCCUGUCAAACUACAGUUACCUGUGUCAGCCCGUCGAUUAUAGUAACAGUCCACUAGCUAUGAGGAUGGCUAAUGUUUGUUGGUGGUUUUUCUUCUCCAAAGUAAUCGAACUUUUAGACACGGUGUUUUUCAUCAUGAGGAAGAAGUUUGACCAAGUAUCAUUCUUGCACGUGUAUCAUCACUGUACCAUGAUCAUCAACUGGUGGAUGGGGGUCAAGUACAUCGCUGGGGGUCAAGCAUUUUUCAUCGGGAUGUUGAACUCAUUUGUACAUAUCAUCAUGUACUCCUACUACUUCCUGUCCGGUAUUGGGCCACAUAUGCAGAAAUACCUCUGGUGGAAACGCUACCUCACACGACUGCAGUUGAUCCAGUUCGUGGCCUUCGUCAUACAUACGGGAUACAAUUUGGUGAUCGACUGUGAUUUUCCUCAGGGAUUCAACAUCGCCGUUUUCCUUUACUCCAUUUCUCUCAUCGUUCUGUUUGGUAAUUUCUACUAUCGUGCUUACCUUCUCAAACAACGAGAACAGAAGAAGAAAUUUUAUUGAAUUUGAUAUACACAAAUUACUCAAAACAUUCGUGAAAAACUGCUAGUCAAAGAAAGAUUUGUCACACAAAUAUGUCGUACAAUAUUGAAAGUUAAACAGAGUGAUUUCUAAUCUAACCUCAAACCAGCCCGAGUUUCUUUGUCAGCCUUCUAACCACAAUGAGGAAUUGUCAUCCGAGCUGUUCUUGGCGGUUCUGAUAGUAACAGGAAAGAAUUGUAUGUCAUUCACACCAGCAUCUCAUGGCGGUUCUGAUAGUCAUAGGAGAUGUGUAUUCACACUAGCAGGACAAAAAUAGUUAUGCUAAGGAAUAAAAUAACUACUAUCGAUGUUAAUUAGUGUACAUCUUUUGAUUAGUGUAGAGUGUACUCAUUCAAUAAUAUUUUACAAGUAUAUCACAUUUAACUGUCAUAAGGAAAGUUUGAUGUAGGUCCACGUUCUGUACUUUUGUUGUUACCAUUUGAGCCGAAAUCAUCACAACCGGGAAAUGUGUACAACGUCAGUAGCAGUUUACAGUGCCACCAGUAAAAUUAUUGUUAUUUUC